AUGUUAGGAAAUCAACCAAUGUUCCCUACAUCUAAUGUUCCAUUUCAGCCAUUCAAUCCUCCACCAUAUUAUCAAAUUCCUCCAAACUUCUAUCCUCCAAACUUUCAAGCAUUCGGAAGUUCAUCAUCUCCUCAAUUCAUGAUGCAAGCCACUGAAGCAAUGGAUACUCCACAAUACUACACACCUAUCAAUUUAGCAGAUGAUAAUGUUCCUGAUAAUACAAAAAAUAAAGAUACAAGGAAGGUGUGGAGCUCGACCGAAGACAAACUUCUAAUCAGUGCAUGGCUAAACACAAGUAAAGAUGCCGUAACCAAUACUGACCAACCAAGUAGUGCUUUCUGGAAAAGAAUCGCAUCGUACUACAUGGAGAACAAGCCUGAAAGUGCAACGAGCAGAGGUGUUACUCAAUGUAAAAAUCAUUGGAGUAAAAUAUGUAAGGCUGUGCAAAAGUUUGUUGGGUGUUAUGAGGAGGCUAAUCGAAACAUAGGCAGUGGACAUGCAAGCAAGGAUGUCCUCAAUGCAGCAAAGAAGAUAUAUUUAAAUGACGGUGAGAAGAAAGAUUUCGUCCAUGAAAAUGCUUGGCGUAUACUCAGAGAUGAGCCCAAAUGGAAGGCCAGUUACUGCGAAUCAUCUCGUAACAGUGGUGGAAGUUCAAAGCGAACGAAAACAAGUGAAGAUGGUGGUUAUUCAACAGUCAAGGAACAAAGUUUGAAGCAACAAUCCGAAAAAAUAGAAGCACUUCUAAAAGCUAAAAGAUUGGAAAAAACAACGAGGAAGAUUGAUCGGGAUGCUAAACGACUACAACUUGCUUCAAAUAAGAUGGAGAUGCUCAUGAUGUUAAUGGCCAAAAGUGAUGAUAAUCUGACUGAUUUUGAAAAAGGAGUGAAAGAAAGGUUGGCACGCGAAUGCUUUCUGUAA